CGUUUGCAUUGAUUGGUCACUUCGCGUUACUCGGCAUUAUUCGCCUUGAUUCGCCUUUGCUGAUCCACAGCACAACACAGCAAUCAUCAGAUAGUGUUUGACGUUACAGUUGCUGGCGAUUGAGGAUUGUUUCAGGUCCAGGAUCUUUCCUAGUGCGGUUUCGUUAUUGUGCGUGAAUUAUCGCACGCACGCACGCACGUACUCGUGCACUCGUAGAGCAUAGGCUAUCAUGUUGCUCGCGAGAUAAUGCCGCGACUGCUGUUCGGCGUUCAGCCGAUUCAGCGGUCGCGAUCAAACGCUGGACUGGACAAGAACAAGAUCAACAUCGAGGUUAGGCACACGCGAUUUAUAUCAAUCCUCGAUCGACGUGUCAGAUGCUAACGCAAAUGGCGGCCGCUGUCGAGGAGGAUGUGUCUACACUCAGUGAGUGGGUCGACGAGUUGAGCGUUUCCGCGACGGAGGACGAUAAAAACGCGACGAGCAGGACCGAUAGCAAUGACGUGGACGUUACGGCGAAGAACUGCGAGCCGCGACUCUGGGGCUUUGAGACGCGAGAGCUUUACAAAUUUGCACUCAACUUCUACAAAGAAAAAGAAGGCAAAGCUGUCCAUCUCUCUUAUGAGGAUAAAUUGAAAUUGGUAGCAUUCACGCAACAAGUGACACAUGGAAAAUAUACAGCUGAAAAUGCACCAUCGUUAGGUGUCUUAGAUAUGAUUGGAAGGGACAGGCGAGUGGCAUGGCAAAAUCUAGGAGAUAUAUCAAAAGAACAAGCGAUGGAGGGCUUUAUAAUAUUGCUGGAUAAACUGUGCCCUUUAUUCAGGACUGUAGUUGAGGCACAAAAAAGGAAUUUUGAAGAGAAACAACGGCUUAAGAGAGAAGAGGAAGCAAAGAAACAGGAAGAAGAAAAAAAACUUAAGGAGCUAGAGGAGGAAAAAAAGAAACAGGAGGAAGAAAGACUGAAGGAGGAAACUCAGAGGAGACAGAUUCAGGAUGCUUUGAAUCAGCAAACAUAUUAUCAGUUCAGAUUAUAUGCUGAACAACAGUACCCCGGCAAUCCGGAGCAGCAGGGCGUUUUGAUUAGACAGUUGCAGGAGCAGCAUUAUCAUCAAUACAUGCAACAACUCCAUCAGAACCAGUUAGUUGUCGAGGAUCAUAUUGAAGAGGAAGAAGAGGAGGAGAAGGAGAAGAAAAUGAAGAAGAAAGACAUCCAAAAUCAAUCAAAGAAUGUAACAUGCAAAGACAAUGAUGAUCACGAUGAUGAUGAUGAUGACAAAGAUAACACGAACGAAAACGUGAAUGAUGAAGAUUCGGACGAGGUGGAAGACUGGCCGCCCAUCAAUCCUGCAGAGAUGUGGACCAGAAAGGGCGUAGAGGAAUUUAAACAGAUCAUUAGAAAGGAAACAGGAGACGCGGUUAUUAAGGUCGGCCAUGGUGAGACUGUUACGGUACGAGUACCAACGCACGAAGACGGUACAUGUCUGUUUUGGGAGUUUGCUACGGAUGGUUAUGACAUUGGUUUCGGGGUUUAUUUUGAAUGGUCGAAACCAGAGACAAACCAGGUAUCUGUGUACAUAAGCGAAUCCGAGGAAGAUGAGGACGAAGAGGAGUACGAAUCACGAGAAGAUCUAGAGAGCGGAUCAGUGAAUGGUAAUGCCCGACCUGAACGUAAAACGACUACACCACCUAUAAGCGUUAUAGUACCUAUAUAUAGGAGAGACUCUCAAGAGGAGAUUUACGCUGGAAGUCAUCAAUAUCCUGGCGAGGGGGUAUAUCUUCUAAAAUUCGACAACUCAUAUUCGCUUUGGCGGAGUAAAACACUUUAUUACCGAGUAUACUACACACGACAGGGUUUCACGAAGAAUAAUAAUUAAUCUUUAUGUUGCAUACCGAAACGAGAUGUAUAACAAAUGUAUGUUGUUUCUUGAACGUUAGUCUUACAAUUAGUAUUAUCGUCUACUGAUAACGAUAGUCCAACUGAAUAAAGAAUCCUAUUUGUCCCUAUUUUAUUUGGUUCGCGCGAAAGCAACAAACCUAUUCAUAUAUAAAGAAAAUAUCUUUAUUAUAUGUAUAGUUAAGUGCGAACAUGACAAGUUUCAUAAAAUGGCAAAAGUAUAUGCGCGAGGAGGAAACGAAUUUUAAACUUUUCUUGAGAAGCAAAAAAACUUCCAAGUGUAUCGUAAAUUAACGAUUGACGAUGACUCUUCUACGUGCAUAAUAUUGCGCAAUUCUAUGGCAAUUCUAUGGCUAUUCUUUGAUGCAGGCGACAUUUUCUUUUCAUAACUUUAAAUUUUUAAUAAUUCGUAUCGGCGCUCAAAUCUUUAUAUAUGUAUACACAUGAAAUGAUGUUCUCCGUUUUAGAGCGAAGAAUUAAGUGUACACACACGCAUGUUACAUAUCUGUUUAUUCUAUGUGAAUAUUGGCUUGUAAAAUGUUUUUUGCGACUUGAUAUUGUACAGACUUUAUCACUUAGAGUUCGCUGUCAUGGCUGGCUUUUAUUAAAAUUAUUUUUUUUCUAAAUACAACAACAAUGCACUGCGUAUUUCUUGUUUUAUUUGUGAUGUAACAACGGAGGUUACCCCUUCAUUUUCAUAACGUUUAUUAUUUUACAUAGCCAUGUUAUUUUUACAACAAUAUUGUGCGAUUUAUUUUAUCCAUUGAUAAUAAUAGUAAUAAUAAUAAUAAUGAAAAUAGUAUAUCCUGUAACACAUCCAACCAUGGUGGAAGUAAUACUAAUGCAUCCAACGACAGACGAUUUACACUAACUGGUAUGAAUGCAUGAUUUUACUCUUAUCGUAUUUCCAUUUUAUUCAUGUAUUUAUCUUUGACCUAUAAAGAUAUUUAAUUAGAAGAGCACUUUUUUGAGACGGCAUAAGUUUUGUAUCGUUAAUUAAGUUAAUUUGUUUGAAGACGAAGACAAAGAAGGUGAAAUCGAUUGUUAUUCGUGCUCUGAAAGUACAAAUGGAUUGUCCGCGAGAGAUUAAACAAGCAUCAUUAAAUAAUGGACUUACUCAUGACUCGUUAUAUUUGGCGAGCUAGCUAAGUGUACAUACAUACUCGUAUAACGGCUUGCUCGACAAGUGUACUUCCUUGAUGUGGACCGAAUUCUACUCUUUAAACAUCAAGUACUUUGCGCUUUACUAAAAAAAUACGACUUCGUUGUAUGAACAUCCUUAGUAAGAAAGCUAUUCGACAUCUUUUUCCUAUUUUUCCUCUCAAUUCGUCUAUCUCUAGGUCGCAUUGGAGCAAGCAUUUUCUCAAGUACGCGGAUCUUGUUUUUUCAAGCUUAGAUCAAACAUGCCGCGGUAUCGUGCGUCUGAGACGAAGAAAAUUUUUAAACGACUCAUUCGUGUACUUACACUUUAUACGAUGUAAUCAUUACGCUGUAACAGUGAUAUGGCAGUUGACGAAUCCCAAAGCUUUACGUCUAAAGUUUGCGCCAAACUAUGAGCGAUUCGUGAUUCGAAACAGUUCGAAAUUCACAGAUUUGUAUUUGUAUAGGAAUGAAAUAUACAUACGAAUGAAUAUA